AUGUGGAUAAUCAUCGUAUCGUUGUUAAAGGAACAUGCCAAGCCAGCACCCACUGCUCCUGUGCCUAAGCCAAGGCGUCAAAGAAGAUCUCAACCAGAACCAGAACCGGAACCGGAACCUGAUGAUGUUGAGGAGGUCAGUGAUGAUGAGUUUGCUAUAGCUUACGUGGAGAGAGAUACACCUUUUGAUCUUCCGGCUAGCCCCACAGUAGAGUUAUUUGCAGAUGAGGAAUCACAGCAGGAAUUGGAUCCAGUGGAGCCGCAGCUUCAAGAACCUGUUAGUGAUGAUAGUGAGGAAUCAUCCCCUGUACCGGUACCCAGAACAUCAGGAAGACGACGCCAACUACCAUCCAAAUAUUCAGAUUACAUCAUGCAACAAUCUACUGCACCUUCAGUUAGUUUUAGUGUUGUCGAGGUGUUUGAAUAUUUACAGUCUGAAGAGUUUCAUGGUUUGUCUGAUAAGAACAGGAAGUUAGUUAGUGAAGCUUUAAGGCUUGCACAUGGUUUUUAG